GGCCGCCAUUGUUCUCGCUUUGGACACGCCUCCUGCCCAUAUAACCAUGCUUUGGCCCGUCCGAGUCGCUUUGUGGCCUUGCCGGUCCCGGCUCACUAUAGAAUCUCGACCUCGCUCCUAGAACCGUCUACUUUGUCCCCCCUUGCUCGUGCUCUACGCACUACCACUUGGCAGGCUCAUUUCCGUUUGACAUUUGUACGCCGGCUUCUGGACGACGACCCUCGUAGAGCUCGCUGCGAUACGCUUUGAUACGUGCUCUCAUAUAUACUGGACGCUCUGCAUUGCCUGCUGUAUCCUUACUCUCGACCCAUCCGUUAUUGCGCCACACAAGGAUGCGGAAUCCGUUCGUUCUCUUGCGAUUCGUUCUUUUCUUCUUCCUACUUUACCUGAACAUCCUCGCGCUUGGGUUCGCGUCAUGGAAUAUUGCAGCGGCAAAGAGGGCCUCUCUCAAUGAGGGCGGCGCGCCUGUCUUUGUGCUAUUCAAUACUAUCUUGACUAUAAUAUACUUGCUCUUAGCUAAUCUUCCCGGCGUUCUGGUCCCGAAGAUCAUUCUCGAGUGCGUGUGGAUAGCAGCUUUUGCUAUCUUGGAACUCUCUGCCGCCAUUGUCAUCACCGUCAAUGGGCCUAUUCUCGCUUGCCGAGCCGAGGAUGCUAUGAGCGCGUGCGCUUCGUCGACUCUGCUGGUUGUCGUCACUUGGGUGACCAGCUUCCUUCGUACUUCUGCUGUACCUGUUUGGCCUGAUCGGAUUACGACAAUGCACUCCAACACUCACCCGGACGUAUGGGGUGCUGCGAUCACUUCCGUCCCGUGGUUCGCCGCUUCCCAAUCGCCGCCUCCUAGCUCUGGCAAGCAAUGGUUCUAUCCGAAGGACCCUGAACGCCAGGACUUUGAAAGCCCUGCGUUCAAGGACAACGACGCAAUCGAUCUGGAAGCCGACGGGCAUCAUCCGGCCCUCUCCAAAGCCAUCUCCAUCUCUGCGCCGUUCAGCAAGAGCGUGGAGAGCUUCCGACCAACGUGGGCGAAGGACGUGAAACCCCGACGCGGCGUGGACCCUCCCUUCCUCUCACCGAAGAAGUCCCAGAAGAGCACCCCACGUCUGCUUUCACACUGGAGCUGCACCACGGUUUCGACCUACGCGCCACCCGUGCUCCCGCCAAAGACCGUCGCCUCUGGGAAGGCUGCGGUCCGGCGAGGUCGAGCUGCAAUCCCGAGCCAGAUGAGCUUGCCUGUCAUCACGCCGUCGCCCAGUCGCCCCAUGUCAUAUGGGAUCUUCCCGGAGGACGUGCAGGACCCGGACAUGCCCAUCAAACCUUGCCACCGUUCCGAGUGGGUCAGGGCGGAUAGUGAAUCGCGCUAGACGCGACUGAACAUGUCCACCAACGUCAAUGCUGUGCAUGAACACGAACAUACCCAUACCACGACUGGACAUCACUUGGGACCUUGCUUAUUUGGCGUCAUUGACGAGCA